ACACCUAAAACAAAACAAACUUUUUGUCUUUAAUAAAAAAGAUAAAAUUUAAAGGCGUCCAGCAGGAGAAAACUAAGAGACUAAUUUGGAAGUCGCGGGUUUAAGUUCAUGCUGAAGUCGAGUCUGUCCUAACGUUAACAGGUUUAGUUGCUGGGUUAACGUGAAGUCAGUUAACUGAACGUUGGAUUCGGUUUUAACGAACAUGCCGUCCCGUGUUGAGGACUACGAGGUGUUGUACACUAUAGGCGCAGGUUCCUAUGGAAGAUGCCAGAAAAUAAAACGGAAAUCUGACGGGAAAAUCCUGGUGUGGAAGGAGCUGGACUAUGGCACCAUGGCGGAGAAUGAAAAGCAGAUGCUGGUGUCAGAGGUGAACCUCCUGAGGGAGCUCAAGCACCCAAACAUAGUGAGGUACUACGACCGGAUCAUAGACCGUACCAACACCAUGCUGUAUAUUGUCAUGGAGUACUGCGAGGGUGGGGAUCUGUCCAGUCUAAUCAGUCGCUGCAUCAAAGAAAGGCGUUAUUUAGAGGAGCAGUUCAUCCUGCGAGUCAUGGCACAGCUCACGUUAGCCCUGAAGGAGUGCCACAGACGCAGCGAUGGUCGGGCCACGGUUCUUCAUCGAGACCUGAAACCAGCCAACAUCUUCCUCGACAUCAGACAGAACGUUAAGCUCGGUGACUUUGGCCUAGCGAGGAUCUUAAAUCAUGACACCAGUUUCGCAAAGACGUUUGUAGGGACACCUUACUAUAUGUCUCCAGAACAAAUAAACCGGAUGUCAUACAACGAGAAGUCAGAUAUUUGGUCACUGGGAUGUUUGCUGUAUGAACUCUGUGCAUUAUCCCCUCCAUUUACUGCUUACAACCAGAAACAGCUGGCAGAGAGGAUCAGAGAGGGAAAGUUCAGAAGAAUCCCAUACCGAUACUCUGAGGAACUGAAUAGCUUACUCGGCAAAAUGCUCAACCUAAAGGACUAUCUGAGGCCCUCUGUGGAGUCUAUUCUCCAGAGCAGCUUGUUGGCUGACGCGGUUGCUGAGGAGCAGAGGAGGGCAGAGGUGCGGCUGCAAAGGAAGUCAGCCGACUCUGACUGUCCCCUACACAAGCCGGCUGAAGCAGCCCCCACCUCUGCUGCAGAGCUCAGACUCAGGGAACAGGCACUGAGGGACAGAGAAAAGGCGCUGAAGGAGCGUGAAGAGAGGCUGGAGCAAAGAGAGCAGGAGCUCUGUGUUCGUGAACGAUUGUCAAAUGAGAAGCUUGCAAGGGCAGAGAGUUUACUAAAGAAUUACAACCGUCUACAGCAGCAGAGGGACCUGGCACCAUUCCAUGGCAAAGACAUAGAUGUGGAGAGCCUCUCCCCUGGCAAGAAGAAGGUCCACUUUGCUGGUGAGAGCAAAGAGAACCAGCGACCUGAUAGUCGUCAGAGUGUGACGUCCCAGGAGCUGAUGCUGAGGAGGCUGCAGGCGGUCAAUCUGCGUGCUCAAACACUGAACGAAGUGGAAAAGGCCUGUCAGUUCAAGAGCAGACAGAUCCUCGGCAUCCGCUGAUCAAACAGAUAUCAUUGGUGGUCUUGAAACCAAAGGCUAAGAGUCAUAAUAACUGGAUGUAAAUGAAGAUUUAUUUAUAUGAUAAUUGAGUAGCUGUGACAGUAGUGAAGUCAAAUGAUUCAAUCCAGUUUAUGUUAAUGCUGUUGCUUUGUAGUGUCACAAGUUUACUUAGUUUGACAGUUUGAUGUGUGAAUGUGUUAAUUUUAUUGGCAGCUAUUGUGAUUGUGAAUGUACUGUGUAGCCCAUUUGCGCUGUAUGUAUAUAUAUAUGUAAGUGAAGUUUUCUUUCAUGACUUGUAUCUGUAAGAAGUGAUAAUGGUGUGAAAAACAACUCCUGAGCCUGUGAUAACAAUGAACAUGUAAACUAUGCAAAUUUAUUUUCC